AUGGCCGACUGGGACAACGUUACCAAGAUUGGCAGCAAGACUCGCGGUGGCGCUGCCCCCCGCGAGACUGUUGUGAAGGGCAAGAGCGCCUUGAACGCCGCUCAACGCUCAGGCUUGAUCCUUGGCACGGAGAAGAAGUACACAACGGGCAACUUGGCCUCAAAAUCCGGCGCUCCCGAUGGUCAGCACUUGACCAAGGUCGACCGCAGUGACGAUAUCAUCAAGCCCAAGACCGUUGGUCACCAAGUCGCAGACGCUAUCAAGAGGCGUCGAACCGAGGAGGGCUACAAGAUGACGCAGAAGGAACUCGCCACCAAGUGCAACACCACGAUGACAGUCAUCCAGGACUUCGAGCGCGGCACCGCCACACCUGAUCAGAAGGUGCUCAGUGCCAUGGAGCGUGUCUUGAACAUCAAGCUCCGUGGCUCUGACAUUGGUGCCGAGAAGUUCCCCAAGAAGAAGUAA